AUGUCUGCACCAAAGUCUUUAACAGUUUUACGCCUCGGAAAAGUUAGUUUUGCACAGAGUGCAUGGACUGACCUAGUUUCCAAGUACAAUGUUAGUGUUGUCGAAACCAAAUCAAGUAAUAGAGAGGAAUUUAUCCAUGAACUUAAAGAUGGCAAAUAUUCGAAUGUCGAUUACGUGACACGAACCUUUGACAGUUACAAACAAACUGGUUUUUUUGAUAAGGAGCUACUAGAACUGAUCAAAAAGUAUACCAAUGUCAAAGCGUUAUCACAUUGUGGUGCAGGAUAUGACCAGGUCGAUGCUGUUGCAUGCGGUGAGUUGGGAUUCCAGUUGUCCAAUGUUCCUGGUGUUGUCGACGACGCAACUGCAGACACUGCUGUCUAUUUAGUUUUAGGGGCAUUACGGAAUUUCCAAUUGUCCAGUGAAAAGAUGAAACAAGGGUUAUGGCCAAGUGCUAAAUGCGCAGGUACGCCAAUUGGCCAUGAUCCCGAGGGAAAAGUUCUGGGUAUUUUGGGAAUGGGUGGUAUUGGUAAGACAAUAAGAGAUAAGUUAUCUCCAUUUGGAUUUUCCAAAGUCUUGUAUCACAACCGUAGAAGGUUACCUUCGGAUAUCGAAAAAGGAGCUGUUUAUUGCGAAGAUAUUGAGGAUUUAUAUGCUCAAGCAGAUGUCAUUAGUAUUUCAGUUCCAUUGAAUACACAUACAAAGCACAUGAUCAACAAAGACUCCAUUUCCAAAAUGAAAGACGGUGUUACCAUAGUCAAUACCGCUAGGGGACCAAUUAUUGAUGAAUCUGCACUGAAGGAGGCAUUGAAAUCAGGUAAGGUUGGAGCAUUUGGAGCUGAUGUAUUUGAGAAUGAGCCUCAUGUUGACAUGGAAUUGGUUAAUCUACCAAACGUUGCUGCAUUACCACAUAUGGGUACACAUACUUACGAGACAAUGAAAGGUAUGGAAGAACAUGUUGUCAACAAUGUUAUUGAAUACAUCAACACGGGUAAAGUUCUAACCAUUGUGCCAGAAUUGAAGGAUAAGUACUGA